UUGAAAAGAAACAGAAGAAUCGCUGGGCAUUCUUGUUGUGAUGAAAGCAACCAACAGAGGAAGCUUAUUAGAAUAUCUUAUGGACUCUGAGUGGGCUGAUGAAGUAGAGACACUUUAUAAAAGUCCUUAUGCUACGAGUUGUAUAUUUGAAAUACUUUCCUCGUUGCAAAAGGCCAUUUUAACACGCUUAUUAUUUAUACAAGAAAUUGACGCCAGUACUCUAUUGAAGUGGUUCCAAAAACAGUCACAGUCACAAAUUCAAACUAUUGUGAAUCACUUGGUAGACUUAAGAAUACUUUAUAGAAAGCAAGGCUCCAACUCUGUUCAGUUUCAGAUGAAUCCCAAGUUUCAAAAGAGUUUACAAGAUUUGAUAUUACGUAACGUAGUUUCUCCCUUUGUUAGGAAAGAAGAAACAGAUAUUGGGGAUCAUAAUACUACAAGUCAGCAGCAAUUGUCAUAUGAUGUGACUUUUCUGAGUCAGUAUUCACGACACUGUUGGAACAAAAUACUGCAGUUUCUUGUGGGUUUGGAACCCUUGGAAAGUGAACCUUCCGUGAGAAUCAUAGAAGCCUUAGUGGAAAGUGGUUUGAUAGAACAAGUUGAAGAUGGUUUUCGAAUAACUACGGUCGGAUUUCAGUUUCUAUUAAAGGAUACAAGGGAGCAAGUCUGGUUUAUUCUUGAGAAUAUUUUAUUCUCCAAUGAAACGAAUCUAAAGAUAGGAACAAAGUUACAAAAAAGAGUUAUGAACGAAGAAAUGGUUGAGUUUCUAUUUGAAUUGAGUUUCUGUGCUUCAGGAGUUGCUUAUCAUUGGAAAACGUUAUCUAAAACGCAACAAAUUUAUAUUCCUUAUUUGGCUGAUUUAGGGUUGAUCUAUUUACAUAUUUCAUCGUCAUUAGAGAAAGACUCUUACUUUUAUGUCACUCCACUUGGAGUUACAUUGACUCGUUCGAUAUGUUGGUUGGGAGACAAAAACAACUACCUUUUAUUGGAAGACUGGUCAAAUGUGGACAACGACUGUCGAAUGAUUGUGCAGACCAAUUUUCGUGUUUAUGUAUAUACCAAUUGUACUUUUCAGAUUUCGUUGCUUUCCUUAUUCAUUCAAUUCCUAUACCGCUUACCCAAUAUGGCAGUUGGUGUUAUUACCAGAGAUAGCAUUCGAACAGCACUUAAUAAUGGAAUAACUGCACAACAAAUGAUAUCUUAUUUACAGAAUCAUAUGCAUCCGAAUAUGAAAGGAAAACUUCCUAUAACCAUUAUAGAUCAGAUACGGUUAUGGGAAGCUCAACGCUUUCGAGUUACGACCAAACAUGCUUUACUAUUGGACCACUUUGAUAAUAUGACAUGCUUUGAGAAAACUUACGGCACAACAAGAAUUGGAAAGUUUUAUUCAAUCUCUUCAACGGAAAUGAUAGGAGAAAAGAUAGACGACUUAUUUGAGACGCGCACGUUUUUCUACUUACACAACUUUGAGAGAGCAAAAGAAGAAGCUCUUCAAGUCCAACCCGGUCCUGAACUAGCUCAAGAGAAGCAAGCUUUGUUGGCAAGAAUUGAAAUAGCACAAGGAAACUAUGAUGAGGCUAUUCAAAGUUUGGAAGAAGACAACAAAGACGAUUCAAAGGUAUUAAAGUGGUACGCUAUAUACUUGAAAGAUGCCUCGGAACGUCCCAACAUCUUGGAACAAGUAAACGACUUGAUAGAAAGUAACCUUAGUGGAGGAAAUCAGAUAGUAACUGCAAAUAUUCUUGUUCACGAAGGUCGCUAUGAACAAGCACUUGAGUUGUUGCAGCGUCAACCCACUUUAGAAACUGCGGCGUUGGAAGUGGAGAUUUUAUUGAGAAUGAACCGACUAGAUUUGGCCAAAAUAUUAACAGAACGACUCAAUCAACUUGAAGGUGACGCAGUGUUAACUCAUCUCACAACUGCUUGGGUCUAUCUAGCAGAAGGUUCUUAUCGUGAGGCAGAAUAUAUAUUUGCAGAACUCUCUGAACGUCAUGGCUCUUCUGAUAUGUUAUUGAACGGAUUAGCCACAGCAUAUAUAGGUGAAGGUAAAUAUCAAGAGGCAGAUAAUAUUUUGCAAGAGUUGGUAGCUAAGAAUCCCAACUAUCCACCUGCACUUGUAAACUGCCUAGUAACCAGUUGUCACUUGAGUAAAACUAAAGAACAAAUGGACGCAUAUAGAAGACAACUGAAAAGAGUUAGUCCUGAUUGCAAGUGGUUGAAGGAAUUGGAAAGUUUUGAGGAACGUUUGAGUUUACUUGCUUGAAAAUAAAAAAGCAAACUCACAUGGAUCUCCAUAAAGGAUUCGACGUUGUU